CAUUUUGAGUCCUAGUCUCUGCACCCGGCUGCCAACUCUUUUAUUCCGGCUUAGCGUCUACGUACUAACUUAUCGUUCGCUUGUGAAGCCAUUGCCCGUAAUGGAACCUUAGCCACUUACAGGAGGCCUUAGGGAUAUCAUCAUCCCCCCCUUUCCCUAUAAUGAUGAACACAGCUUUCUCAAAGCAAGACUUACUUACAGUUCUGGUUGCUAACAGCCCCCUACCAAGCUACCUGAUCUCAAUUAUUGUCAUUGUGUUGCUUCUUGUCCUACCGACAGAUAGGCUAACUCAAUUCAUCUACUUGAGUAUCAUUGCGUUGAAACCUGCAGAGCUGCAACACCUACCCUCAUUUCCUUAUCUGUUGGCUGAAUGUCUUUGCUGGGACUCCAAUGCAGCCUAAAAAUUACAUUCGCCUGAUAGCAGCACUGCCAGGAUUGGGAUGAUGCGCACAUGUCAUGGCAAUUGUGCGAGGCAUGCGCCCGGCUGCAGAAUGGUCGCACGCACGCCUUCGAAGCGGUGGCCGAUGGUGACACACGGGCAUUGACAAAUCCCCGGGUCCAUUCCCCCCCCCUCCAGAGGCGCUCUACUGGCGCAGGGACUUCAGCCUAACCCGCAACCAACUGACUGAGAUCGAGAGUCAAUUCGACUAGAUCAGUCAUCAGAUGCGAGGACUAGUUAACUAACUAUUAUUGACUGAGACUUGAUCUCAGCGUCUGCAUGAUGCCGUAAUCGCGCGUGCAUGCCUGGGACGCCUUCAUCAUAGGAGUGGUCAAGUACCAGGAUCAAACUAUUACUGCCCUAUCAUUUUUACUGGAGCUGGAUGCAGGAGCUAGUUCAAAAUCGCUAAUUAGGUAUCUCAGCAGGGCUUAGUCUACUG